AAUGGUUAAAACACGAUCUUCAGCGAGGGUAGGAAACGCGGCACCGAGUAAUGCGGCACCCUCCGAAAAUGGCAACUCGUCCGAACUUAGAUCGCGGCUCAAAGCUACCGAAAACGGACGUUCACAUAAGAACAACAACUCUAGGAACAACCAGGCUCUAGGGUCGAGCGGCGUGCCGGGAGGGGGGUCGCAGGGUAAGGACCCGCUGGCGCCGGGUCUGGCGUCGCAGCGCAACAUGUACCAGCACCCCGCCGUCAGCGGGUACAACACGGACUCGCGACAACAGGGCAUGCCGGUCACUGCACGACAGAACAUGUACGCGAGCGGCAUGUACCACGGGUACGGCACGCCGGGCGCCGCGCUCGCGCCCAUGCCGUCUCCCUCGCCCACCGCGCCGCUGCCGCCCUACCCCGUGCACCCCGACGUCAAGUUCAAGAAAUUGCCGUUCUACGACGUGAUGGCUGAGCUGAUGAAGCCGACCACGAUGAUGCCGACACAAGCGGGCCGCAUGCAGGAGGGCGCCUACCAGUUCCAUCUCACUCCCGCGCAGGCCACCGACAUAGCGUGCGGCAAGGACAUCGUCGGCACCAGCAACAAACUAGACUAUGUUAUACAGGCCCAACUAAGGUUUUGCCUUCUGGAGACAACGUGUGAACAAGAAGACUGCUUCCCGCCGAGUGUUAACGUUAAAGUCAACAACAAAAUGUGUCCACUGCCAAACCCGAUCCCUACCAACAAGCCGACACCAGAGCCGAAGCGGCCGCCCCGGCCUGUGAACAUAUCCUCGCUGGUGAAGCUUUGUCCUACAGUGGCCAACACAGUCCAGGUGACUUGGGCGUCGGACUUCACUCGCGCGUACGUACUGAGCGUGUUCCUGGUGCGCAAGCUGACCUCCGCCGAGCUGCUGCUGCGGCUCAAGAACAAGGGCACCAAGAACCCGGACUACACGCGCUCGCUCAUAAAAGAGAAGUUGUCAGAAGACUACGACAGCGAGAUCGCGACGACCUCCCUCCGCGUGUCGCUCAUGUGUCCGCUCGGCAAGAUGCGCAUGUCGUGCCCGUGCCGGCCGGCCAACUGCCCGCACCUGCAGUGCUUCGACGCCUCGCUGUUCCUGCAGAUGAACGAGCGCAAGCCGACGUGGCUGUGCCCCGUGUGCGACCGGCCCGCGCUGUACGACUCGCUGGUGGUGGACGGCUACUUCCAAGAGGUGCUGACGUCGCCGCGGCUGGCCGGCGACUGCAGCGAGAUCCAGCUGCACGCGGACGGCAGCUGGUCUGCGCACGCGCCGCCCGCGCGCGCGCCGCCCGCGCAGCCCGCCGCCGAGCCCGUCACGCUCAUCGCCGACGACCUGGAGGUCAUACCGGUAGAAGGCAACAGUGGUAACGCCAAACGCGCCGCAGUCGGGGAGAACAGGACGCCAAAAGCCACAGAGGUCCUUGUGGACCUUACGUCGGACUCCGAGGACGAGCUGCCGCUCAAGCGGAAGGUGCCGCAGCCGAAACCCACGCCGCCAGCCGAGGUCACCGUCAAGACUGACGACACGUAUUCUUCUUCCAACGGUGUGGAGGCGGUCUCGUCGUCGGGCUACCGGUCGCCGGGCGGUGCGGGCGGGGUGAUCUCGCUGGACUCGCCGUCGCCGCCCGCGCCCGCCUCGCCGGCGCGCGCCGACCCGCUGCCGAGCGCCGACCCCGACCCGCCGCACCUCUCCAUCACGCCCGUAGACCAGUGCACGAGCAACAACAGCGAGCGUGAGGAAGGCGACGCGGCGCCCGCGCACUGGGCGCCCUACGCCGACUCGGACCGGGACUCGCAUGAUUCAUAUCGAAGGUAA